AUGGCGGAUUUUCAAUGGCAUGGCUACUCUCUGUACAGGCCAAUACAGAGAAGCAAGUUCUCAGAAAAACAACAGGAGAUUUUAGCAAAAUGUUUUGACAAAAAUCAGUACCCAGACCAUUCACUAAAGGUGAAAAUCUCAAAGAAAACGGGAUUGGACGCCGAACAAGUUCGUAUUUGGUUCCAGAACAAACGAGCUCGAAAGAGAAGUGGUAUGGUAAACGAGGAGCCACAGAAACAUGUGCUAAGAAAUGAAUUUAAUGAGGAGAAAGAUAAGCAAAGUUUCAGCGUUGCUGAAAAGAAAGCAGAUGGUGUAAUGACGUCAUCAUCGCAAGAGGUGGUAGAGCUGCUUCAUUAUGUUAACGAGAUCAUCAAUGCAUUGCCGCAACUAGCGGUGAGUGACGGGGCCUACUUUUUUCAAGAAGAAUCCGAUGAUCCUGAUGACGUCGCAAAUAAAGAGCUAAAACAAGCGGUGCAAAGACUCCUUGCGUGA